AUGCUCGACAUCUUCGACUUCAUCGUCGAGAAGGGCGGGAACCCGGAGAAGAUCAAGGAGUCACAGAGGCGUCGGUAUGCCCCCGAAGAAGCUGUGGAUGAAGUAAUUGCGCUCUACGAGGAUCACCGAAAGACCCAAUAUUCGGUUUCGCAGAUCAACACGAAAAUCAACGAGACUCAAAAACAAAUUGGCGCAAAGAAGAAGGCUAAGGAGAAUGCGGAUGACCUGCUGAAGCAGAAGGUGGAGCUUGAGAAGGAGAAGAAGGCGGCCUCCGAUUCUGCCGCGGCGAAGGAUGUGCUGUUGAGAAAGAAGCUGAAGACUAUCGGCAAUAUUGUUCAUGAGUCAGUGCCAGUACAUGACGAUGAGGAUAAUAAUUCGAUUCUUCGGACAUGGGCGCCUGAAGGAGUCACGGCUGAGAAGCGGGAUUGCCUUUCCCAUCAUGAGGUGUUGACACGGAUAGAUGGAUACGAUCCAGAGCGCGGAGUCAAGGUUGUCGGACACAGAGGAUAUUUCUUGCGAAAAUGGGGCGUCUUUUUGAACCAAGCCUUGAUCAACUACGGAUUGGAGUUCCUCGAUUCAAAGGGAUACACCCCACUACAGGCCCCUCAAUUCAUGUUGAAGGAGUACAUGGCGAAGACGGCGCAACUUGAGCAAUUCGACGAGGAGCUCUACAAGGUCGUGGAUGGGGACCCACACAAUGAUAAGUACCUGAUUGCUACUUCGGAGCAACCUAUUUCUGCAUUCCAUGCGGAUGAGUGGUUGGUUGCAAAGGACUUGCCAAUCAAAUAUGCUGGGUUCAGCACUUGCUACAGGAGAGAAGCAGGCUCAUCAGGAAAAGAUGCCUGGGGUAUCUUUCGAGUUCAUCAAUUUGAGAAGGUGGAGCAGUUUGUCCUUACCGACCCCGAGAAGUCAUGGGAGGCUUUCGACGACAUGAUUCACGUCUCUGAAGAGUUUUACAAGUCUCUCGGCGUCCCUUAUCGUGUCACAGCCAUCGUUUCUGGAGCGCUGAAUAAUGCUGCUGCUAAGAAGUUCGAUCUCGAAGCUUGGUUCCCUUUCCAGGGCGAGUACAAGGAGCUUGUCUCCUGCUCGAAUUGCACAGACUACCAAUCAAGAGCUCUUGAGAUCCGUUAUGGCGCUAAGCUACAGACGGAGAUCCGGAAGAAAUAUGUUCACGCACUUAACUCGACGCUUUGUGCAACGGAGCGAGCACUCUGCUGCCUGCUGGAAAACUUCCAAACUGAAGAAGGUUUCAUUGUCCCUGAGCCUCUCCGGAAAUACAUGCCUGGAGCCCCAGAAUUCAUCCCUUUCACAAAGGAAUUGCCAAAGGACACUACUUCUGCUAAGUGGGCAAAGUCAGAGAAAGCGCAGAAGCCCAAGAAGGCCGCCCCUGUGGAUGGAGCUGCUGCUGGAGCUGGUGCUGCUACGGAGCAAUUAAAGGAUCUGAAGGUCUAA